AUGCUCUCAAAUCUGCUGCUGUUGCAGUGUGCUGAGAAGAUUAUAAUGCUCUCAAUCCUCUGCUGUUGCAGUGUUGCUGAUGAAGAUAUAAUAAUCUCUCAAUCCUGCUGCUGUUGCAGUGUUGCUGAUGAAGAUUAUAAUAAUGCUCUCAAAUCCUGCUGCUGUUGCAGUGUUGCUGAUGAAGAUUAUAAUAAUGCUCUCAAAUCCUGCUGCUGUUGCAGAGUUGCUGAUGAUGAUUAUAAUAAUGCUCCCAAAUACUGCUGCUGUUGCAGUGUUGCUGAUGAAGAUUAUAAUAAUGCUCUCAAAUCCUGCUGCUGUUGCAGUGUUGCUGAUGAUGAUUAUAAUAAUGCUCUCAAAUCCUGCUGCUGUUGCAGAGUUGCUGAUGAAGAUUAG